AUGUACUUGUAUGUACUUGUGUAUGAAGAUGAAGAUGAAGAUGAAGAUGAAGAUGAAGAUGAAGAUGAAGAUGAAGAUGAAGAUGAAGAUGAAGAUGAAGAUGAAGAUGAAGAUGAAGAUGAAAAUGAAGAUGAAAAUAUUAUUAUCUAUAUGUAUCUAUUUAAUAGGGGAAUGCUAGGGAGUGAAGAUUUGGAAUUGGAGUUGGAAUUGGAAUUGGAAUUGGAAUUGAAAUUGGAAUUGGAUUUGGAAUUGGAAUUGGAAUUGGAAUUGGAAUUGGAAUUGGAAUCGGAAUUGGGAUUGGAUUUUUUUAUCGAUAUUUUAAAAGGGAAAUAA